AUGGAUGGAAAUCAGGAUGCAGAGACUUCGGAAGUGGAUCAGGCCACACCAGAGGAGUCAACUGGUCAGAAUGAUGUACAGAAGGAUGCAUUAGAAGAGCACAUCCCUGCUACUUCGCAAUCGGCUGCCGUAGCAGACACGGAAUCAAGUCGAUUGCGAGAGUUACAAGCUACUGUACGAGGUCAAGAUGACCUGGAAAGAGAUAUUGGCCUCCAGGCCGACAAACUCCUUCUUGAGCAAGCUGAUGAAAGAGACCAUAGACGACUGGAACGUACAAUAGCAGAGAAAUCGAAGCUUGAAUCGCAGAUCUUGAGAUUGCACCAAAGGCUUUCCCAACCUGUAGGCACGGCAGCUCGCGUCCGGAUAGAAGCAGAGAUACAGAAUAUGGAGUCGCAGAUGUCGUCUCUCCAUGUCGACCUCGCCCAGAUUCAGCAACGUAUCGAUGAGAGGCACCAAGGACUCGAGGAGGCCGUCCAAACGUCCAGGUCAGGGAGGCUACCAAAUGAGUCUCGAAGGGAUUACCUGAUACGGACUGGCAAAAUUACGCCCUUCUCGAAAAUGGGAGCGGGAACUACUUGUGAAUCCACAGCGGUAACAUUACAGGUUGCGUUGAUCGAUGCGGAAGAGGAGCGAGAGGAGGAAUUGGCGCUUCAAGAAUCUGUGUCGCGUCCUGAACCAUCCCAUCGCAAUCUACUUCUUCCCGGCUUUGAUUAUGAUGAGGCGAGUGCCAGUGAUUUCGUUGAGACGUCUGUCUCGCGCCCGCACAAACGUCGGAAGGUGGAAUCCCAUUCCCGUCUGUCUACUGAGUACCAGGUCCGAAGUGGGUCGAGUGCAACGCACCCUUCGCCAUCUAAACUGUCAACUCCUGCAUCCGAUGCGGAAUACAUUGACUCCGGUGCAUUUGUCCCUUCUGAAGAAGAAAGCUCAUCAGGUGAAUCGAACUUUGCCUCCGAUUCAUCUCAAGAGAAGUUAAGAAAGAAACGGCGUAAGAAAGUUGAAAAGAAGAGCGGCAAUGCAGUUGUGGAGGUCUUCAAGGGUGUGGAUGAUGGUGAUGAGAGGGUCUAUCAAUCUCGACUGGAGGAUUGGGUGUAUCGGAGGUCAGCUGCGCGCAAACGAAGCCAGAAUGAUAAUGAUGCGGGAGUCACUGGGGAGAUUGUUGCUCCUGCAGAAGAAAGUGAUGAAGAGGAAUGGUUUCUACCUCAUCCCAAGGUCCCCGAUACAGAACUCGAUGGUGGUUAUCGUGUCCCUGGAGAUAUCUACCAUUACUUAUUUGACUACCAAAAGACAGGUGUUCAGUGGCUCUGGGAACUCUACCAACAAAAAGUAGGGGGUAUAAUAGGUGACGAGAUGGGUCUUGGUAAAACUAUCCAGGUCAUCGCCUUCCUGGCUGGGUUACACUAUAGCAAGAAAUUGACCAAACCUAUAAUUGUCGUUUGUCCUCCGACUGUCAUGAAACAGUGGGUAAACGAAUUCCAUCGCUGGUGGGCUCCAUUCCGAGUUUCCAUUUUACAUACUUCGGGGAGUGGGAUGAUAAACCUACGAAGGGAGAGUUAUGCAGAUGCCCGGCUGGAAUCGCAAAUAUGGGACCCUAACCAACCACGCAAAGCCACAAAGGAGCAAAAGGCUGCCAAAAAGAUUUUAGAUCGAGUCCUAGCCAAAGGCCAUGUACUAGUGACCACUUACUCUGGCCUGCAAACUUACUCAUCCUUGUUAAUUCCAGUUGAAUGGGGCUGUUCCAUCCUGGACGAAGGACACAAGAUUCGAAAUCCAGAUACAGCAAUUACGAUCCACUGCAAAGAAUUACGAACUGCACACCGUCUGAUCCUUUCCGGAACCCCCAUGCAAAACAAUCUGACUGAACUUUGGUCGCUAUUCGACUUUGUAUUCCCCAUGAGACUGGGGACCUUAGUCAAUUUUCGCAACCAGUUUGAAUUCCCAAUCCGUCAGGGGGGCUAUGCGAAUGCGUCAAAUCUGCAGGUUCAAACCGCUGCCAAGUGUGCAGAGACGCUGAAAGAUGCCAUCAGUCCUUACCUUCUUCAGCGAUUUAAAAUAGAUGUUGCUGCGGACCUUCCUAAGAAGAGCGAACAGGUUCUCUUCUGCAAACUCACGAAGAUACAGAGAUCCGCUUAUCAGGCGUUUUUGGGAUCUAAUGAAAUGUCAUCGAUCCUCAGGGGUCGUCGGGAAGCAUUAUAUGGCAUCGACAUGCUUCGCAAAAUUUGCAACCACCCGGAUCUUCCAGAACACAAGACGCUCUCUACGAAACCAGGAUACAAUUACGGAAGCGCGGCCAAGUCUGGGAAAAUGCAAGUCGUUAAGGCCCUUCUUGAAUUAUGGAAGGAGACGGGUCAUAAAUCUCUCCUUUUUGCUCAGCAUCGAAUUAUGCUGGAUAUUCUUGAACGGUUCAUCAAAUCGAUGACAGGGUUCAAAUAUCAAAGGAUGGACGGGAAUACUCCAAUUAAACUCCGUCAAAGUUUGGUUGAUGAGUUUAAUAAUAAUCCAGAAAUCCAUAUUUUCCUUCUAACUACUAAAGUUGGUGGUCUGGGUGUCAAUUUAACGGGUGCGGACCGUGUUAUCAUUUAUGACCCAGAUUGGAACCCUUCAACGGAUGUUCAAGCUCGCGAGAGAGCGUGGAGGUUGGGUCAGAAGCGGGAGGUAACUAUUUAUAGACUUAUGACAGCGGGAACCAUUGAGGAGAAAAUAUACCACCGCCAAAUAUUCAAGCAAUUCUUGACCAAUAAGAUUCUGAGGGAUCCAAAGCAGCGCCAAACUUUCCAUAUGAGUGAUUUGCACGAUUUAUUUACCCUUGGGAACGACGGUCCAACAGAAACAAGUGAGUUAUUCAAAGAGGCUGAGGUGAAGUUUCAAGAAUCGGCGAAACAUGGAGCAACGGAUAAUCCCGCAGCCGGUGAAAGUACAGUGGUAGAUCAAGAAGAACAAAAUAAGAUCAGUCACGUCACGGGCGUCGCUUCUCUUGAACCCUUCCAAAGUCCAGCUGAGACACCUACCGCGUCCGAGACGAAGAGUACAGCAGCUCCAAACUCAGAAGCUCGGUUAAUGGAAGGCAUCUUCGCCCGUUCCGGCGUUCACUCUGCGGUUGAACACGAGCAGAUCGUCAAUGGUAAACGCAUUGUAAAAGCAGAUCCCAAAAUUAUCGAGGCGGAAGCCAAAAAGGUAGCUGCUGAAGCUGCCAAGGAACUUCUCAGGGCUGGCGAACUUGCAAAAUCUAUCCCUGUGGGCACGCCGACAUGGACAGGCCAGUUUGGGGUUGCAGGUAGGCCGGAAAGUACUCUGCAGCGACGUGGGACGGCUACAUCCUCUCAUUCAUUUGGGGGUGGAGGCAGCACCAUCCGUCGAGCCACAGGGGGUCCAUCCUCCGCCAGCCUCCUUGCUAACCUCACAAACCGUACACUUACAGUCGGCAGCGGCAGCAGUAGCAAUGUAUCCUGUACCAGCACCCCACGAUCAGGGACUCCUGCGUUUGCUACUCAGCGAGGCAAGGACUUUCUAAAAAUGAUCCGUGAUUAUAUCCUGGCGCAUGGCGGAUCUGUGCAUACGCAGAGCCUCAUUGAUCAUUUUAAUCGGUUCUGCGACUCGCCGCGGGCUACGAUGGAGUUCAAGGAGAUGUUGCGGACUAUUGCUGUUUUGGAGAAGACGGGGGUACGGGCCAGGGGGAAAUGGGUGCUUCGUCCGGAGUAUGCGGCGUGA